AUGCGGGUGGCGUUACGUCUGCUGCGCAAGCGGGAGCGCAUCCCCGCGCCGGGUAGCUCGCUCCUCAACCCACGCAGCCAGCGCGCCAAGCUGCGGAAGCUGAUGACGACGCACGCAGCACAGGAGCAUAACUUCGAGGCACAGGCGUUGUUUGCCGGUCUGGGCGGCGCUGCCUCUUCGCCGCCCGUGCGCAGCAAAAAGGGCCGCGCCGCAGCGGCGACGCACCGCGUUGGACGGGACGUGGCGGAGCGAGCAAAGUACCUCACAGACAGUGAGUGGGAAAGUGUCCCGAUGGACGAGAAGCACGCGUUUACCAAGUACAUGAGCCAACUGCUGCGGGAGCACCCCACGGAGACGACGGAGCAGCAGCGGCGCCGCUACUUUGAGACGACCAUGGUCGACACCCGUGACCUCGACCCGCAGAAGACGGUCCGGGAUGAGUACGAGCGCAUUAAGCUUGGUUUGCCUGUGCAGUUGAAGAAUCCGCAACACUCCCUUGGCGUCUCGCAGGCGGUGUACGACGCGGCGGACGCCUCGCUGUUUGACCCAGCGAACGUCCAUAAGCUGGAGAACGCCAUGACGAACAUUAAGCAGGUGUUUGCGGACUACGUCCGCAAGAAGCGGGAGGGCGUGAGCACGGAGGCGGAGCGUCGACAGCUGGCGAACAUGACGGCGGAGCUGAACCUGGAGACGCAGAAGCAUCUCGCGAACACCUUCAAGUAUGCGGAGACCCGUUUGCGCCAGGUUUCAUUGGAGGAAAAGGAGUUUCAGUUGAAGGAGGUUGAGCGACUGCGGCGCGUGGCCCAGCAAAAGAGCGGUGGCCAUCAUCGUCGUGGGAGGCAGGAUCAAAAGCCCGCACGCAUGGAGAAACUGAAGCGGAUGAUCAGCCGGGCUGUUGGGUUGGACAUGAACGUCGCGGAGACGGUUCUCACAGAGAUGCGUGCGCAGGAGGAAUUUUUGCAGUUUUGCGAGGUCUUUGCCCGUCUGACGCAAGGUGGUGGAUUUCAUCACACCUCAGAGGACGAGACGCUAAGCGCCUACGUGGAGAACCUGCGCAAGCUGUACUCCAUGAACGCGGACACCCUGAGCACGCUGGAUGUGGUGCAGUACUACGCCUCGAGGGAGGGUUCCGCACCGGUCGACUGGGCAAAGCGAUGGUACGAGAAGGCGUUGCUGCUGCCGCUGCAGAGCACACCGGAGUAUAAGCGGUUACUGGAGAUUCAGCAGCGGGAGAGGGCGGCGUUGCAGGCGAAGACCGAGCCCACUGAGGCGGGCGACGCCCUCGCGGGCGAGGCGGAGUCGGAGGUUGCCCGGGUGAAGGUGCAGAAGGUGGUAAACAUUGUGGAGAAAAUGUUUAUGAAUCCCAGCGACAAGAGGUUGGAGUCGUGGCACGAAAAGCGACUUCGGUACUUGGCGCACAUGCAGAUGGAGCGACAAAUAAAACGCGUCCGAGAAAACGCGAAACUGUUUGAGGGUGUCGAGUCUACCCCAGAGGCGGAGCAGUGCCGUGAGCUGUAUAAGCAGAUUCUCGAGCGCAGAGCAGCGUUGUGUGGGACGGCGGCGGCGGCGGCGGCAGCAGCAGGAGUAGAAGGGAGCAACACCUCCGAUUCAGCUCAGGCUGUUGUGGCUGCCGAAGCACGCGUGGAGGAUCACGAGCAGAAGUUAUUCAACGUGUACAACGAUGCGGAGGCGGCGGCCUUGUUUGAGAAGAUUCGGUCCAUCACGAAGCAGGUGAUUCGGCAGCGACGAGUAGAGAGCGCUGCGGCCGCCAAGGCGCGAAGUCUGCGGCGUAUUGUUCGAAGCCUGAAGGGAGGCGAGCAGUCCUUGGCAGAGGAGCUCCGUGCACUUCAGCGGCAGCGCAGAGACAGAGUCACACAGCGCCUUCUGGGAAUUGUGGAGAAUGAUGUGAGGACAGAGAUGGAGUGGCUAGAGAACAUGGAGGAGGCGGAGCGUCCCCCGCUGCUUCCUGUUCCGGAGGGCAUGUCGUACGUGUCUGCCGCGGAUGUGCAGGCGUGGCAGGACAUUCGCAAGGAUUGUGAGCGUAAGGCUGGGAAUCCAUUUGAGCGACAAAAGCGUGUUUUUCAACCGGAGCUGCUUGGACAGACGUGGCGUGUGCCCGACCGGCCACUGCUGUUCUGGGGCACAGGUGUGUCGGCCGUCCAGCAGGCCCUGCGACACGCCGCGGAAGACGCGGAACUAAAGCGACGUGGCGUUCCCCUUGCUCCACCGUACCCGUGCCCGGAGAAUCCAUGGGGCUGGCGCCUCGCGAAGGAUAUUUUGGACGAGGACUGA